AUGGCGACAGCUUCCGGGGCGCCGGAGCCGUGGGAGCGCAUUUCUACGUACUACGCGUCUACCCGCAAGAACAUCAACGUCCUUGUCGCUCCAACGGCCGAUGCGGCUGCCGCCUCUCUCAGCCUGACCUACCUCAUGAAGGUGUUUCUGUUCCCCUUCCAGCUGCACCCCACUAGCUCGUACGACGAGCUGAAGUGGUUUAUUGAGCAAACCAACUUUGCACAGGACAGCGAGCGCGAGGAGGACAGCAGCCCACGCGUUGACGACCUCUUCGUCCUCGUGGGCCUCGGGGCACCCGUUCUGCUCGAGGACUACUUCGACUUCACGCGGCACAUCGUCAUUGUCUUGGACGCCUACCGCCCUUUUCACCUUGGCAAUCUGCGCCGCGAGGACGGCGACCGCUGCAUCAUCUGGGGCAGCGACCGCAUACAGGUUGAGGUGGAUGACUUCUUUCGAAAGCAGCGCGCCGAGGAGGCGCAGCGGCGGCGCCGGCAACGCCGUCGCCAGGACAUGAAGCGCCAUGAGGGCCACGCGCGACGCCAGCGCACCGAGGACAGUGGGGGGCAGGACGACGACGUCUACAGCGAUGAGAGCAGCAUCAGCACCAGCAGCGAGGAGGACGAGAGCCCGGACUCUGAAGGUGACGAGGAUGCCGACCUCUUUGAUGGCGAGGACGAUGACGCGACCCCGUCGCAGAGCCAGGAUCGCGUGGACUGGCGCAGCGCACCUGGCGAGGUACCGGCGUACGUGGAGGCGCUCUACUACGCAUGCUCUUGUGCCGGUCGCAGCAGUGCAGUGGAGGUGUACGACCUGUCGGUAAUUUUGCACCGCUUUAACGACACGAUUCUCUGGCACGCCGCCGUCGGCGUCUGCGAUUUGUAUCUGCGUCGUCUCGUCGACUACGCCACGUACCUGGUGGAGAUGGCGCCGCUGCAGGAGGCUGUCUCGCUUCAGCAAAGCGUGCGGCGCGGCAUUCUGCGCGACCGCACCGACGAGGCCGUCAACAGCUUUCACCGAGCUUCCACAAAUAGUAUGCAGUUGAGUAAUCGCGAGGAGGAGCAGCUCUACCUGCUGCGGCACUCCACGCUCUGGGACGCCAUCUGGUACGACUCGCAAGUAGCGAGCGCGCUCGACCUGCAUCACGUAGAGGACGGCCGCCCGCGACUGAGCCAGCUGCUUGCGAGUCGCUGUGGUGUGUCUAUCGCCAUGGCACAGCGACCCUGGCGCGAGGUGCCAACCGAUGUGGGCAGCGAAGCGCUAUGCCGCGUGCAAACAGAGCUGCAGAACUGGGUGAAUGCUCAGGGCAACUCCAUUGGGUACAGGAAUCGUAUACGGUGCAUCUCUCGCAAGGUGGGCUACAGCACGGAGGUGUCCACGUUUGACGUGUGCAAGCUCUUCACCGCUGAGAUGGCAGUGGUGCCGCCAGCGUCGGUGUACGUCAUCGAGCGCUCGCCAGAGGCCAGCCUGUCAUCCGAGGAGGUGGCGGCGUUGGCGCAGCGCAAGUUUGUCGAGUUUCAGCGGGGCCAGUUCUGGCGCGCAAGCGCUGUGCUGGACAUAGACCCGAACCAAAAACUGUUCCACGAAGCGCUGGCGGGGGCGCUGUCGCUGCAGCAGGCUGUGGCCGACGCGUCGGGCUCCAUGAUGCAGCCCGGCAACGUGCAGAGCAGCACGGGGAUUCACUACGCGCUGCCAUCGGACCCGUCCAAGACCUCGCCGACGCUGGAGAGCUUCUGCACCAUGCGGCGACUCUCCGUCCUCGCAGAGCGGCUCUUCUUUACGCUUUCCAUGAGCCGCCGGCGUGACCGGCGUGCUGUGACGGCGCUGCGGCCUCUCAUCCUCUCCUGCGCCUUGCCGCAGGCACGCCUAACGGCCCUGCCCACGGGGGGCAGCGGCAGCGGAAGCGGUUUACCAUCUGGACCCGGCAUGGAUGCGUUGACGCCUGCUGUGAACUUGAGUAGGGCCAGUGGGAGUGUGCCUUCAGCGUCUACCGCCACUGCCGCUGGUGGCGUUUUCAUAGGUGGCGGCGCACAGGUGGAGGACACGGCUGCGUACGUCGUCGUACUUACCCACGGCGGUAACACGGGGGCUGGCAUGAUCCCACUCCUUCCCAUGUACCGCUUUGCGCAGUGCAUGCAAGACGAGCACUUCAACACGCCACCGCGCCAGCUCUUUGUGGAGCGGAAUGCGGUGCAGGUGCGCGGUCGUGAGAACACAACCUACCUGGCAGAGCGCAUGCUGCUCCUGUCGGUAAAGGCUACAAUACCGCGGCACGAGUUCCGCAAGAAACGCGCACCCCCGGUCGAUGAGUACGAUGACGAGGAUGUAGAGAGUGAAGUCGUGGAGGUGGUGGACUAG